AUGGCUCCCUCAACGACCUGCAUGAGAGCGAUCUCCGUGACGGCCCGGCAUGCUCGAGCCAAUCAGACAUGGAGUAAAACCGGCCUACUGAGUCUCUCUGCCCAGCCAGUGAGCAGGCAGUCGAUGCUUCAGAUCCAGAGGCGGCAACUGAGCGAUGAUUCUCGCAAGAAGAUCGAACAGGCCGUGGCGGAGAAGCCGCUCGUCGUCUUCAUGAAAGGCACGCCAGACUUCCCACAGUGUGGCUUCAGUAGGGCGGUGGUACAGAUACUAGAGGUCCAGGGUGUGAGCCCGGACUCGAUGAAGACGUACAACUGUCUCGAGGAUCAGGAACUGAGGGAGGGCAUCAAGGAGUUCAGCAGCUGGCCCACGAUCCCACAGGUCUACAUCAAAGGAGAGUUUGUGGGCGGCUGUGAUAUCAUGCUGGGCAUGCACCAGUCUGGCGAACUCGAAAAGAUGCUACAGGAGCAAGGCGUCGUCAGCAAAUCGAGCUCAAGCUCAAGCUCGAGCGAGACUGCCAUUGAUAGUAUAGAACCUCGGACCAGCCUAGCCACUGCUCAGAACGGUUUCGAUGAGGUCGACGUCGAGCCAGCUACCCGUCUUCGGAUAGGCUCGCCCUCCCUCAUGGAAAUGUCGCCGCUCACAUGGUCAUGGUGGCGAUGGGGCUGA